GUCGAUGAUGAGCCAGAUGGAGCAGUCGAAGACUUGGUAGUGGAUGAUGCAGAUGGAGUAGUCGAUGACUUAGUGGUGGAUGAUGAUCCAGAUGGAGUCGUCGAUGGUGAUCCAGAUGGAGUCGUCGAUGAUGAUCCAGAUGGAGUCGUCGAUGAUGAUGCAGAUGGAGUCGUCGAUGAUGAUCCAGAUGGAGUCGUCGAUGAUGAUCCAGAUGGAGCAGUCGAUGGCUUAGUGGUGGAUGAUGAGCCAGAUGGAGUGGUGGAUGGGGUGGUGGAAGAUGAGCCAGAUGGAGCAGUCGAUGACUUGGUAGUGGAUGAUCCAGAUGGAGUAGUCGAUGGCUUAGUGGUGGAUGAUGAUCCAGAUGGAGUCGUCGAUGAUGAUCCAGAUGGAGCAGUCGAUGGCUUAGUGGUAGAAGACACAGUGGUGGAGCUUCCACAAUUGUUGCCGCUCCAGCAUAAUUCGGGUAAGUCAAACUGA